GCUUUAGUAAUCUGUGGGUGUAUCAAUGUCAAAUUGUCAUGUCAAUGUCAAUGAUUAAUUUUGUGCUGUUUUGAUCUGUGAAAUCCAGUGAUUUGUUUUGUAUUUCGAAUAUUUUAAAUAUUUUCGUUUUAUUUGGGCUUGUAGUGAUGAUUUUUUUAAUAAAAUUGCUGGAAACUUGAUUGCGGAAGUCAACAUGAAUAUCCCACCGUUUCCUUCACAGGACUUAGCUAAGCUUGUACUCGGAUAUCUAGCUGAAGAACAGCUAAUGACAGCAUAUGAUGAAUUUCUUCAAGCAAGUCCUUACUUGGAUGCCUAUGGGAAUGAAUAUGACAGAAUAUUCAUGACGUCUCUAAAAAACAUCCUUGCUGAAUACAGGGCUGUAAAAAUUUAUGUGGAAACCUGUAAGCCAUUCCAACUCAGAAGGAAAUUAUUUCAGUGUUCGAACUUGUUAGAAAUGGUAAAAUAUCUCAUACUACAUGUAGACAUAACAAAAAUACAGCCACAAGAUCAGAGUCAAAGCAUUGAAAAACAAAACAUCAAUAACACAGACAGCUGUGAGGUAUGCAAGUCAUCAAAAUUGGAAAACUGUACUUGUUAUAACAAAAACACUAAAAUAUCAAAUGAUUCUUCUAGUGAUGACUGUGAAGUUAUUGCUUUGGAUAGUGCAGUUGAAGCUACAGCUUUAUCUGAUUUACCAGGUCAUCAUUUCACAAGGAAGAAAACUGUGUUCGAUGGAAAUGCAGUUGAAUCAAAAAUUUCUAGUAACUCUAAUUCAAAAUUACUAACUUCAGAUGUUGCUUCAGAAAAAUCUAUGUCUAGCAAUACUGUAUCAAAUAUGGCAAUAAGUAGGACAUCUGAAAACAAAGGAACACAGCUAGACAAUGCUUUAAUAACACACACAGAUUCAUUGCAGUUAAAGGAGAAAGAGGAAUUUAAUCACAUCCUAAAUCAAGUUUGUCACAUCAAUCAAAGUUUCUCAACAAAUACAAAAGUUACUAAUCAUGACUUGAUGGAAGGGUAUAAACAUUUUGCGACUGGAGUCAGUGGUGGUAACAGUGAAGCUGUUCCAGAUUCCAGCACAGAACAAGUAUAUCUUCGAGUACCUGUUAGUCUAGAAAGCAGCAUCAUCUCUAAUACAGGAAAGCUUAACAAAACGAAACAAACCAGAACCCAGUAUUUACUAAAAGUGGCUCAUGUUAACAAUACCAUUAAACCAAAUGAAGUGGUUACUAUAACUACUAAAAACAGUACUAUUUUGCCUCAUCUAAAACCUAAAAUGGACGAGUCCAAAGUUAAGAUUUUGUCAGAUGUUAAGGUGGACAAUAAUGAAGGGAUUAUGAAAAUGCCUCCAGUACUAAAAAAUGCUACUUCUACUCCUUUAUUACAAAUGCAGACUAUUGUUAUAAAUGGAACUCAAGUGUUUAGACAGAAACCAGCUGAAAAGAAAUUAAACUUCACCAAAGAUGAAAUCAUGGCUAUGCCAACAAUUAUCCUUGCACCUGCAUCAGGUCCGCCACAGAACAUUUGCUCAGUUUCCUGCGAAAGCAGUAACUUUUCAAGUAAUACAAAUACAAAUAUAACAAGUUCAGCGCGAUCUCUAUGCCCAAUAACAAUUGAUGUUGAUGCAGAUACUCCUGAGAAAGUUAACAAAGAUGCUAACAAAGCAAUCGAAGUAGUUAAAGACCCAAUUGAAAAAGUGAUCUUAGACAGUAAUGUGCCUAAAACAUUCGAUAUCACAAGUGCAUCAGCACCAAAAGAUAAUUCAGUAACUGGAACAUCAGAAACGAGCACCCCUCAAAUGUUGCCGCCUAUAAGAAAAUCUUCCUCUACUCCUCGCCGAACGUCUCACGUCCGUGUUUUAGAUUUUGCAACACCAAGAAGAAUAUUGCAUGAGACUGCAAAUAAAUUUGCCACUACUGUAAGUGAUACCGAAACAGUGUUAAGCGAAAAUCACGAAAACAAUAAUCAAAUGCCUAUAAUAACAAAUCUAAAUGAGAAUAAAGGUGUUGACACUGAACUUUGUAAUGAUAAUACAACAACGAAAAAAGUUUAUGGCAAAAAAGGUAAUUGGGAUGCCGAGCUACGUGCCCUCGCAGUUAUACCUGAAUCAAGUGCAGAAAUCUCUCAUUCGCUUAAUUCAACAUCAAAAUCAGUAAAAAAGAAAAAGACUUCUAAAAGUUCACUUGCUAAGAAAGAAAACGACAAGAAAAGUACAGAAAAACAAAGUAGCAAAAAACGUACAACGAAAAAAUCUGAAAAAAAGAAAAUUGAAACUGAACAAGCCGAAGAUAUAUCAAAAAAUACAGUUAUUAUUCCUGUGAAGCCGACAAUCAACAUUAUUACGGGUACUGAACGACACUCAACUGGAUCUGAGAAUGAUAAAAGUCAUAACAAAUCUAAUAACGAUAAAAUGGACACCCCCGAACUAGAAAGAAUGUCUCUACAGAACGAAAUUGGUGCUAAGCUUAACAUUUCUGAUCUUUUAGAAACUCCUUACAAACAAGCCCUAUAUGAUAUACAAAUGGAAACACCUAGAUUCAUGGGCCCUGAUUUACCAGAUGAUCCUAUGUCAGAUAUAAAGAUUAUGAACAUACCCACACCAAAGUUUUUGAAUUCACUCACUCCUUCAUCUUACUGUUCUCGGCCUACAGAUUAUUCUAGUGGAGGAUCUUAUUAUAAACCAGAUGACCAAGAUUAUAUGCGAGUCGCAGAUGAUUUUGUUUGUCCCGGUACUUCUUCGGUGAGCAAAGAGAAUAAAAAUUUAGAUAUAUCAAAUAGUACAGAAGUUGAUACUAGUGAUAAUAACGAUAAAAAUGGCGAUAAACCCUUACGACCUGUAAGGCAGUGUACGAAAAAUGUGUCUUAUUACAAACAUGCAAAUUUAAAUAUCAAGCAAACAAAGGAAACAGACAAUAGAACAGAUUCUCUGUGUAGUGACAUAUCAGAUCAUAGUUUUUGUGAAACAAGUAUAGACAAGGAAUCAAAAUGUAAUAAAGAAAAUAAAAGUAAAACUACGAAUAAAUCUACUUCAAAAUUAGUAACAAAGAAACGAAAAACUCCUAUUAAAAAAGAAAUUUCUAAAUCUUUUAUGAAAAUAAAACCGCGACGACCAACGCCCACCAAAAAGGAUGAUGGUAGAAGAAAGAAGAAGACACCAGAUAGCUGCACUGUCCAAGGACGAAAAAAGAUUGCGAAAAAACACGAAGACGAUGUUAAGGCCACACCAUUGGUAGUGUCCGCUCCAACUAAAUCACGUAGGAAAUCUUCGACGCCUCGAAAACUCCAAUGUACUAAAUCAUUCAAUUCAGAAAGUUCUGGUCACGUUUCUCCGGAAUUGUUGUCUAAAAGCAAAAAAGAUUUACCUGAAUCAAGUACAGUUACCGCCCAUGAUUCAGAUACUGAACAGUUGCCUUUGCGAUGGUCCGACGAUGGAUCUCAGGAUGUGAAAGCAAAAGAACCUGAAACAAAUACGAUCAACGAAAGUGAAGAUAUCAAUAAAAUUCAAGAGUAUUUAAAACAUGUAACUAACAAUGAUGAAUCAAAAGAAGGGUGUUUGCAUAUUGAUUUAGUAAAAAGAGGCUUUGACUUGGAAACAGCCAAAAUUAUAGAACGCGAACUAUUGGAUACUUCGCCUCAUGUUACGUCGAAAGUUCCCGUUGAGAGCAAUGUUGUUGUUAUUCCAGAAACUAAAGCUGAGCCUGUUGUUUGUGUGACUGACACUAAAAAUGUUAAUGUUGCCUUGGAAAAGACUUUGGAAUCUGAUUGUAGUAAUAAUUUACAAAUAGUACAAGAUGACGAGGAGGAAGAAGUCGAUGAAGUCGAACUAACUGUCCAUGAUUGUAAUGAACAUACUACAAACUUCUUUUCUUACAAUCACGACGAUACGAAAAAUAUGCCACAAAAGGAAUUACCAAAGUUAAAAGACAAAUUUUCCAUGGAAGUGUGUUUAGAUGAUGAGUUAUCAAUUAGAUUGCGAGCUACACCAUUCACUUCACUAUUAGAUCAAGAACCUGAUGAAAAUUUUCUCAACUAUAAUGAACAAGAAACUGAAAUGGCGGUGCGUUCAAUAUCUAAUGUGAGUAAAUUGUACACACCUUCAAAAGAAUCUAUCAAAGCACAAUGCUAUGAGAUUUUCGAUUCGACAUUAACCAGUUUAGAUACACCUUUGAAAGCGAAAAGUCCAAAAGUAAGAGAAGAAGUGACAGUUACCGAAAUAGUGUUAGAGGUAGAGAAUAUUGGCGCAAAGGAGAAAUCUGAUACAAAGAAGCGAAAAAGGGCACAGAGUGACAAUAUGCCAGAUGAAAGUGAACCCAAGAAAUCUAAACCCGGGGCGCAGUAUCUACUCAAUUCAGCUAAUAUUCAAAAUAUAGACAUUGAAUCUGUGUUAAGUAAAUUACAUGGUCCUUAACUUAAGGACUAUUCAUAUUUUUGUUGUUCAACCAAAAUGGCUUUAUGUUUACGAUAUUCCUAAUAGCCUGCGUAGACGAAGGACUUAUCUCAGCGGACUAUUUUGUCCGCUGAAAUAGAUGGCUUACAACUGUACCGAGUAACGCACACGACGGAUUAAAGUACCGCGUACAAAAGUUCCCCAAACUUCUUAAAGACAACACCUGUGUUAAAAUUCAGCUCUCUAGGUCAAAAUUAAAUAUUUUAUACUACUUAAAUUGUUUCGAAAAAUAAAAAAUAUCUAAAUAAAAGAAAAAAAUACAAUUUAAAAAAAAUACCGUGCUAAGGAUCGACCCCAAGACAGUUAUGGUUUGGCUAUCCGUUUCUUAUGGCAAAGUUACGGAUACCUAUCUUGUGUCAAAUACUUAACUUCCGUUUCAUCGAAUCUCAAAUCACAAGGGUGCUAAAGAAGUUUUCACUUCAAAAAAUAGAACUCUUGUGACUAGGCGCAACAACACACACAGCGUAUUUUAGUCCGCUUUGCGCGGUCGAUCCGAUUUGAGGAAAUGGACCCAUUAUUUAUUAUCUUUUAAAAUGUGACUCCAAAGUAAUGAACAUUUUCCAAAUAAGUUAUGACUUAUAGGUCUUUGUUACCAGGUCAUAAGUGCGUUUUUGUAAAUUUUUGAGCUACAUAAUUAAAUGUUCGCACAUCGUGUGCGUUGAGUCCGUGACAAGUCCUCGGCGGACAUUUUCUUCACCAUUCAGGGACUUGUGUUGUCCUCCGCAGACUAAAGUCCUUCGUCUGCGCCAACAUUAUUACCUAUCCUACUUAUUGUGUUACAGUGCCAAUUUUAUAGUUAAUGAUUACUUUAUUAAUUACACGUUUGUAUAUAGUAAGUUUAGGUUUGUGACUGAUGUUGAUAUUAAUUUAUGUUGUACUGGCCCUUUACAUGGCUGUUCGUAUUUGAUAUUUGUCAUUUUGACAGCAGGUUAUCCCUAUCAUGUUCUAUAGGGAUUGAAAAGAAGAGGCUGCUGCCAAGUUUACAAAUAGCUAAUACAAAUAGUCAUGCGAAGGCAUUAGAUUAUGAUAUGGUCCGUUAUCUCUUUCUAUUAAAUACAUCACGAAUUAUUGUUAAAUCAGUUAUUUAACAUGAUUUUUAAUCAAAGUACAAAUCACAGAAUAUUGGAAGGUAGUUUUUAUUUUCUGUUUUGUGAUUUUUAUAUUAGUGUUGUUUUCAUGAAGAAGAAGCAAGAAGGAGAUGACUGUAAUUUUAACAAUUCAUUAAGUAAUAAGCACAUUUUGUACAGUUAGUUUAUAAAGAUUUAAGUUUAUAUGUGUUGGACACAUAAGUAAUUAUGUUCUUUGUAAGUAAUUAGUAUUUCGUAUGUAUAAGAUUAUGAAUGACUAGGAAGUUAUCUUUCAUAUUUCUAUUUUUAAUGAUGUGCUAGACGCAGAAAAUGUUAUUUAAAAGGGUUCAUUAUAAAAGUACCUUUCAUUUUCUUUUGUUUUACUUCAACUGUUUCUAAGAGGAUUUUGCUUAAGGGCCUGCGCUGCGUUAAGCAGGAGCACGCACGGCGAACAGUGGUAUUUUUACUUACAAAUAAUCGG